AUGAAGUUAACGGUAAACAUAUUACCUUCAAUUAGGUGCGUCGAGCGGUUGUAUGAUGAAUCAUUGAAAGCAGAAGACAUUGAUGAGGCAGAAUGCGAAACGGAAUACACAGAGAUAGAUUAUGUAGAGGAUGAAAAAGAGUUAGAACAGUAUAAAAUCAUUGAAAAUUAUUCUUGUUCAACAGAAGAAGUAUCACUAGUAUUAAAGGAUUCAAACGAUCAUUCAUCUAGUAAAAAUGAAUUGAAUAAACGUCGAAAGCAGUACAAAUGUGAUAAAUGUUAUAAAGUAAUGAAAAAGAAAACGCAAUAUUUAAAACACAUUCAAAUGCAUGAAAGAAAAACUGAUGGAACUUGUUCUCAUUGUGGGCUAGUUUUUUCUAAUGAUAAAAAACUUGAGAAACAUAUAAUAAAAGUACAUCAAGAGGAUAAACCAUUUCCUUGUAUUCUCUGUGGCAAAGCAUUCAAGACUGAAGAAUUUUUGAAAAUUCAUUUAAAGCAACACAACAAACGUUUUAUCUGUGACAUAUGUGGCAUUUCCAAAGUAUCUGGUUACGAUUUGAGAUUGCAUAAGAAAAAGCACAAUCAAGAAUAUGUAACAUAUUGUGAAAUUUGUAACAAAGGUUUUUAUACCAAUCAAACUCUUGAAAGACAUAUUCUUACUCAUACUCGUGAGAAGCCAUUUGUUUGUAAAAUUUGUAAUACUUCAUACGCUAGUGCAGCAUAUUUAAAUAUGCAUAUGAAGUCUCAUGGUCAAAGAGAGAAACAUAAAUGUAAUAUCUGUAACUUUGAGAGUUACUGGAAAGCUGCAUUAAAGGUUCAUCUUCAAAUUCAUACUGGAGAAAACCAAAUUGCCUGUGAAAUCUGUGGUAAAUCAGUGUCUAGUAAAACUUAUCUUCAAAUUCACAUGCGAAUACACUCUGGAGAGAAGCCACAUGUCUGUGAAGUGUGUGGAAAAGCUUUUAGCGUUAAAAAAUAUUUAAUUGUACACUUGAGGACGCAUACUGGAGAAAGACCGUAUGAAUGUAAAAUAUGUUUAAAAAAAUUCACUCAGCAAGGAUCUCUUAAUAAACAUAGACGCAUACACACCGGCGAAAAACCUUAUGUUUGUGAUAUAUGUGGUAAAGGUUUCACGGAUUCUGAAAACUUGCGGAUGCAUAGGAGAGUUCACACUGGAGAAAAGCCAUACAAAUGUGAUCAGUGUCCAAAAGCAUUUUCUCAGCGAUCAACUCUAACAAUUCAUCGACGUGGACAUACUGGAGAACGGCCGUAUGUUUGUCAAAUUUGUCAUCGAGGAUUUUCAUGUCAGGGUAAUCUUACAGCUCAUCAGAAAUCAACCUGUGUUUAAAGAACAUUUUUACCUAGAUAAACUUAAAAAUGACAAAUUGUUAAUUUUAUAAUACAUUUUUUAGUUUAUUUUUCACGUAUUAUUAUUUUAGCUCAAAUUCAAUAAAUAUAAGUAAAGUGAA